AACUAAUUACGCAAUCGGUGACACACUGUCUAGGUGUGUUCAAGACACUGAAGGUAGAUCGCCACUACAUUUGGCCGGAGCAAGGAGUCUGAGUAGCCUGGUAUAGAUCGCAAGGAUCAAAUCCGUUUUCGCAACUUUCUUCUUAAGUAAGGUAGGUUUCUAGCUUCGACGCAACUCAUUCUGGGAGUCUGUUGGGACAUUGGGGCUCGACUCAGGCCAAUGUCUUUUUUUAGCAAUUCAAAAUAUACAAUAUAGAAAAAAGUAUACAAACAUUUCAAACAACAGUACAAAAGUACAAACAUUCAAAGUUUUGAUAGCUUUUUUGUUAUGAGAAGAAGAAAUUGUGUUUAUAUUGUUCAAUUUCAUUCUCAAAUAAUAGUGGUUUUCGACUCAUACGUUUAACGUACAUUUAUGAAUUUGGAAUUGAGCUAAAAUAACGAUGAGGUUGAUUAAGAAGGCUUCGCGUAGUCUUUGCUAUACUUUGUAAAACCAAAUAUAACAUUUUCAAGUAGAAGUGCAAAACGUGCAUGUAUAUGAUCCAAAACAAAUCUACAUAUAUCUUGCCACAGCUUCCGGGUAUAAGAGCGAUACGAAAAGAAAUGUAAAACAGUCCGGCUGUUCAUUACAGAAGGUACAAUAAACAUCAAUGUCUUUAAAAACUGAUUAAGUUAAUGUUUAGUAGGGUAGCACUUUUGGAUUCAUUUAUAUGAAACUAAUGUAAUAUGAUUAGUUAAAAGAAACUUCUGAGAAAGAGAGCAACCAUUUUUUGCAAAUAAUAUUUCUUAAAAGGCCAUUCCAAAAGCUUGGAAGAUGCGACAAGAUAAAUGUUAUACUUGAAAGGUUUUAUUUUAUUUUAGUUUAUUUUAGAAAGGUUUUCUCAAUAGUUUUUCACUGCCGUAUUCGGCAUUAUUAAAUAAAAUACCUUUAUCAUUGAACAGUUGACUCACCGAUAGAAGAUUGUUUUGGAACCAUUUCUCAAAAAACAAGGACUUGCCUUUGUAUAAAAUAUCUAUACUGUAUUUUUCCAGAUAAAAUAUCUGUGUGGAGAAAAAUGGUGCUUGUAGAUCAAAGACCAUGCUAAAAGGGAUUGUUUAUGGAAAUUAGAUAAAUUAGUCGGGAUACACUGUAGGAGACAAUUGAGGCCACCUAUAUGUAAUGAUUAAGCCGCAUAAGUGAGCCUGGAAAUACCCUCAGCCUCUGUGAGCAAUAUUCUACCAUUUACAGUAGAGAUAAAUCCCUUUGUAACAGUGAUUACGUUUAUUUUGAGUUUUCUCUAUGAGAGGGUUAAAGUUCAGAAAACAUCUAGCUUUUGUUUCUUAGUUAUUGUUAUUCCCAGAUAAGUGAUUGUAUCCUUAACUGGGAUGUCAGAGAUUGAGGGCAUAUCACAGGUUUUUACUGGCAACAACAGUUCAAAUUUAUUUACGUUCAAACCAAGACCAGAUACUUUAAAGAAUAAAUGAAUCACAUUAAGCGCACACACUUACACACACACUUACCCCACCAGACAUGCCACCAGGGGUCUUUUCACAGUCCCCAAAUCCAGGACAAAUUCAAGAAAGCAUACAGUAUUAUAUUGAGCCAUUAUUGCAUGGAACUCUGUUCCAUCUCAUAUUGCUCAAGUGAACAGCAAACCUGGUUUCAAAAAAACAGAUAAAGCAACACCUCACGGCACAACGCCUCUCCCCUGUUUGACCUAGAUAGUUUGUGUGUAUGUAUUUAUAUGUAGGCUACGUGUGCAUUUUGUAAAAAAAAAAAUGUUUUAUGUUGUUUUGUCCUUGAGCUGUUCUUGUCUAUUAAUGUUAUGUAUUAUGUCAUGUUCUGUGUGGACCCCAGGAAGAGUAGCUGCUGCUUUUGCAACAGCUAAUGGGGAUCCUAAUAAAAUAACAAAAAUACUUCCAGUCAAUAAUCUGUCAGUCACUAGGCCUAGGCCCUAUGUAAUCAUUGUAGCUGAAUCCUGACUUUGAAUCCAUUCUAGAGGAUCAUACAGAAGGGAAUAGAUGGCUACAGUCAGAGCGGUGCAUCGGCAGCCGGCCCUGUGGAGGCAGUGCCACAGGACUGCUGGUAUUGGCGUCUGUCAUCUCCACACCAGCAGCAGUCACGCCUCCUCCAAAGAACACUACAAGGUCCUGGUGCUGGGAGGAGGAAGUGGUGGCAUCACAAUGAGCGCUCGGAUGAAGAGGAAGCUAGGCGCGGAAAAUGUGGCCAUAGUGGAACCCAGUGAGGUAUUAAAGACUAUGGUUGAGUCCCAAAUGGCAUCCUAUCCCUAUAUAGUCCACUACUUGACCAGGGGCCUAUAGUGCAUUACAUAGGGAACAGGGGGGGCCAUUUGGGACGUCCCCAGGCUAUUGGGGGAGGAACAUGUAGUCUGCUGUCUGGUGCACAAUACUAUAUAUUGAGCAGAAUUCUUCCUCUGUGGUUUACAGAUGCACUAUUAUCAGCCCAUCUGGACAUUGGUUGGUGCUGGGGCUAAAAACGUGGCCUCCUCCGGUCGCCCUACUGCCAGCGUCGUGCCGUCUGGAGUCAAGUGGGUUAGAUCCAGGGUUCAGGAGAUCAACCCAGACACAAACACUGUGCGCACAGGCAAUGGCAUGGAGGUAGGUAGGGCUGUUUACUUUCCGUAUCGUUUAUUUGAUUUAAUACAUGUUGAUUGAAGUGAUAAAACGUAAUUAUAGGGCUUGGUCUCAAUCUGGGACAAAGGUCAGUCAAGUGUCGGCAUAAUCUACACUGAACAAAAAUAUGAACGCAACAUGUAACAAUUUCAAAGAUUUUACUGAGUUACAGUUCAUGUAAGGAAAUCUGUCAAUUUAAAUAAAUUCCUUAGGCCCUAAUCUAUGGAUUUCACAUGACUGGGAAUACAGAUCUGUCGUGCUGCAUGAGGUAGGGGCGUGGAUCAGAAAACCAGUCAGUAUCCGGUGUGAAGAUUAUUUGCCUCAUGCAGCGCGACACAUCUCCUUCGCAUAGAGUUGAUCAGGCUGUUGAUUGUGGCCUGUGGAAUGUUGUCCCACUCCUCUUGAAUGGCUGUGCCAAGUUGCUGGAUAUUGGUGGGAACAGGAACACGGUCUUACACGUCGAUCCGGAGCAUCCCAAACAGGGAUGUCUGGUGAGUAUACAGGCCAUGGAACAACUGGGAAAUGUUCAGCUUCUAGGAAUUGUGUACAGAUCCUUAUGACAUGGGGCCGUGCAUUAUCAUGCUGAAACAUGAGGUGGCAGAUGAAUUGCACGACAAUGGGCCUCAGGAUCUCGUCGCGGUAUCUCUGUGCAUUCAAAUUUCCAUUGAUACAGUGCAAUUGUAUUCAUUGUCCAUAGCUUAUGCCUGCCCAUACCAUAACCCCACCAUGGGGCACUCUGUUCACAACAUUUACAUCAGCAAACCACUAGCCCACACGACACCAUACACACUGUCUGCCAUCUGCCCGGUACAGUUGAAACCAGGAUUUAUCCAUGAAGAGCACACUUCUCCAGUGUGCCAGUGGCCAUCAAAGGUGAGCAUUUGCCAAUUGGUUACGACGCCGAAAUGCAGUUAGGUCAAGACCCUGGUGAGGACGACGAGAAUGCAUAUGAGCUUCCCUGAGACGGUUUCUGACAGUUUGUGCAGAAAUUCUUCCGUUGGGCAAACCCACAGUUUCGUCAGCUCAUCUCAGACCAUCCCGCAUGUGGAGGUCCUGGGCUGGCGUGGUUACAGGUGGUGUGCGGUUGUGAGGCCGGUUGGACGUACUGCCAAAUUCUCUAAAACGAUGUUGGAGGCGGCUUAUGGUAUAGAAAUGAACAUUAAAUUCUCUGGCAACAGCUCUGGUGGACAUUCCUGCAGUCAGCAUGCCAAUCACACGCUCCCUCAAACCUUGAGACAUCUGUGGCAUUGUGUUGUGUGACAAAACUGCACAUUUUAGAGUGGCCUUUUAUUGUGCCCAGCACAAGGUGCACCUGUGUAAUGAUCAUGCUGUUUAAUCAGCUUCUUGAUAUGCCACACCUGUCAGUUGGAUGGAUUAUCUUGGCAAAGGAGAAAUGCUCACUAACAGGGAUAUAAACAAAUUUGUGCACAACAUUUGAGAGAAAUAAGCUUUUUGUGCGUAUGGAACAUUUCUGGGAUCUUUUAUAUCAGCUCAUGAAACAUGGGACCAACACUUUACAUGUUGCGUUUAUAUUUUUGCAGUGGUGGAAAAAGUACCCAAUUAUCAUACUUGAGUAAAAGUAAAGAUACCUUAUUAGAAAAUGACUCAAGUAAAAGUCAUCCAGUAAAAUACUACUUGAGUAAAAGUCUAAAAGUAUUUGGUUUUAAAUAUACUUAAGUAUCAAAAGUACAUGUAAUUGCUAAAAUAUACUUAAGUAUCAAAAGUAAAAGUAUUAAUAAUUUUAAAUGACUUAUAUUAAGCAAACCAGAUGGCACCAUUCUCUAUUUUGUAAUUUCUUUACGAAUAGGUAGGGGCACACUCCAACAAGCAGACAUAAUUUACAAACAUAGCAUUUGUGUUUAGUGAGUCUGUCAGAUCAGAGGCAAUAGAGAUGCCAGGGAUGUUCUCUUGAUAAGUGUGAAUUGGACCAUCUUCCUGUCCUGCUAAGCAUUCAAAAUGUAACUAGUAGUUUUGGGUGUCAGGGAAAAUGUAUUGAAGUAAAAGUUGUGAAAAAUAUAAAGUAAAGUACAAAUACCCCAAAGAAACUACUUAAGUAGUACUUUAAAGUAUUUUUACUGAAGUACUUUACACCACUGUAUUUUUGUUUAGUAUAUUUAGCUCAUCCUUUCUGGGGAUAAUAGGCUGAAUCUACCGCACAUGGCAAAACAGAUUAGUGAAGGUGCUGGAGGCAAAAUGAAAACAGGAAAAAGCCUCCACAUGUCAACAUCAGAUGGCAACAUCGGAGGCUAUAGAGCAGGGCUCUCCAACCCUGUUCCUGGAGGGCUACUCUCCUGUAGGUUCUCUCCAACCCUGUUCCUGAAAAGCUACCCUCCUGUAGGUUCUCGCCAACCCUGUUCCUGGAGAGCCACCCUCCUGCAGGUUUUCAAUCCAACCCCAGUUGUAACUCACACGAUUGAGCUUAUCAAGCAGCUAAUUAUUGGAAUCAGGUGCGCUAAAUUAGGAACAGGUUUGGAGAGGCCUGCUAUAGAGAUCCUCUUGAUAUGAAACAGGUCUUGAUAUGCAAGUAGCCAAAUGACGAUGAAAUACACCGAGUAUACCAAACAUUAGGAACACCUUCCUAAUAUUAAGAGCACCCACCUUUUGCCCUCAGAACAGCCUCAAUUCGUUGGGGCAUGGACUCUACAAGGUGUCAAGCGUUCCACAGGGAUGCUGGCCCAUGCUGACUCCCAAUGCGUCCCACAGUUGUGUCAAGUUGGCUGGUGGACCAUUCUUGAUACACACGGGAAACUGUUGAGCGUGAAAAACCCAGCAGAGUUGCAGUUCUUGACACAAACCAGUGCGCCUGGCACCUACUACCAUACCCCGUUCAAAGGCACUUAAAUAUUUUGUCUUGCCCAUUCACCCUCUGAAUGGCACACAUACACAAUCCAUGUCUCAAGGCUUAAAAAUCAUUCUUUAACCUGUCUCCCCCCCCUUCAUGUACACUGAUUGAAGUGGAUUUAACAGGUGACAUCAAUAAGGGGUCAUAGCUUUCACCUGGAUCCUGGUCAGUCUAUAUGUUUAAAAGAGCAGAGUUCUUAAUGUUUUGGACACUCAGUGUAUGUUGUGUUAAUAACAAGGAAGUAGGUCUACAAUCAUUUAACUUUUCAACUGACUGGAACUUGUAUUGUCUUCCCUGUAACAGAUCUCCUACCAAUAUCUGAUAGUGGCACUAGGUUUACAGCUACACUAUGAGAAGGUAAUAAUGCACAUCAUGUUUAUUUCAUGGCCUUUCACCACUCUCUCUCAAUAUUGUUUUAAAGGUCCAAUGCAGACAUUUUUAUCUCAAUAUGAAAUCAUUUCUGGGGAACAAUUAAGUACCUUACUGUUAUUGUUUUCAAUUAGAAUGGUCAAAAAGAAACAAAAAUAGCUUCUUAGCAGACUGUCUGGGAGUGGUCUGAGUGGGGAGGGGAAAACUGAAAACAAGCUGUUAUUGGCAGAGAGGUUUGGAACUCUCUUAUUGGUCUAUUAAGACAUUUACCGCCUGGUGAUGUCACCAGGCAGGCCAAAACUCCAUUCUACCAAAACAGGCUGAAAUUUCAGGUGGUCUUUUCAAACAGCUCUUACACUAAAAGGGCGUUAUCAUCAUGUUCACAAUUUCACAGUACUAUUCCAACCUCAUAGUGUGGAAAUAUAUAUAAAAUACAGGAAAAUCACGUUUUUGACUGCACUGGGCCUUUAACAUAAGUUUCUAUAUAGUAUGAGUCAGUCUCUUACAAUCACUCUCUAGAUCAAGGGCCUGCCUGAGAUUGAAGAUUGGGUCAAAUUUAAGAUUGGUUCAAACUACUCCGUACAAACUGUGGAGAAGACUUGGAGCGCACUGCAGAACUUCAAGGAGGGAAAUGCUCUAUUCACUUUCCCAAACACUCCGGUGAAGUGUGCAGGAGCACCACAGAAGAUCAUGUACCUGACCGAUGCUUAUCUUAGAAAGGUAUUACAAUACUAGUGAUACAAAAUCCAUCAGAUAAACCAUUACAUAAAGGUAUUAUGAAUCUACGUUUUUUUGUAUCUGGGUUGACUCGUGUUCAUUAGUGCACACCGUAGCAAAACGUUUUGAAACGGUAAAAGUGUAUUUCUUACUGGUACCUACUGAACACGACCCAGCUUUCAUCUGUGUUAUGCCCUUCCUCAAUAAUGUAACAGCUUAUUCUGAUCUGAUCCCUCUCGAAGACAGGAAAAAGGGCUACGGCCAACGUCGUGUACAACACAUCACUGCCAGUGCUGUUCGGGGUCAAGAAAUAUGCAGAUGCAUUGUGGGAGAUUGUGAAGAGUCGCGACAUCCAGGUGAAUCUCAGACAAAAUCUCGUCGAGGUCCGGGCCGACAAGCAGGAAGCUGUGUUUGAAAACCUCGACAACCCUGGAGAAACCAAAGUGUUUGAGGUAAGUUCCAGGUAGCCUGAUCCCAGACCUGUUUGUGCGGUCUUGCCAACUCCUAUGCUUAUGGUCAUUACCAUGUAUCACAACGACCGUAGGAGUUAGCAAGACAACAAAGACGUAUCAGGGACCAGGCUAAGUUCCAGGAAGCUAUGAUGUGCAAAUGGAAAAGAAAACAAUGUAGUUGAGGGGUUCUCUCACAGUUUUGUAACAUGUUAUCUAAGUUGACAUAGAAUACUGAUGCUAAGUAACGUAGUAUGCAGAUGUAUUCAUAGUUAUUGGAGCAUUCACCAACUCAGUGGCCUUGUGGUUAGUGUUUCUGCCCUAAGAUAAGAAGAUUAGGAGCAUCCACUGGGCAACAACGACACAGUAAUAUGAUUUGAUUUGUUUGUGCUAAUUUUCAGUCAGGGAAUCAAGCUUUUCUUUCUUUGUCAGUAUGAGAUGCUUCAUGUCACUCCUCCGAUGGGACCCAACCCGGUGGUUAAAGGAUCCUUAUUGGCUGAUGAGGCUGGCUGGCUGGAUGUCAACAAAGAGACCCUUCAAAGUAACAAGUAUCCCAACGUGUUUGGGAUCGGAGACUGCACCAACCUGCCGACAUCCAAAACAGGUGCUGCGGUGGGUAAGUCCUUUUGGUUCUUCUAAAUAACAGAGUUACCACAACUAAACACCAUGUGAGUGGAAGCAGCUCUGGCAAAACUUUGGCUGUGGUAUUUGGCUACGCAAUUGCAAGGUUGAAAACCUGUACCUACAUGUACUACGUGGGGAAGAGUAUAAGAACGUGACAUGGUGUAUUUUAUUUCCAGCUGCCCAGUCUAGUAUUCUGGACAGAACAAUUUCAAAAGUGUUGAAGAAUGAAAAGCCGGAUAGGAAGGUAUGUUACCUGACUAACACUAAUUACACUUAACAUUAUAUAUAAAAAAAAAUAUAUAUAUAUAUAUAUACGGAUACGUUGCGUAUUUGUGUUUUCAGAAUCUUCAAGAUAAACACAGAUGGUAUUGGUCAAAAGUAGUGCACUAUGAAGGAAAUAGGGUGCCAUUUGGGAUUCAGGCUGUAUUGUUAACGACCCAUAGGGUUCUGAUCAAAAGUAGUGCACUAUGAAGGAAAUAGGGUGCCAUUUGGGAUUCAGGCUGUAUUGUUAACGACCCAUAGGGUUCUGGUCAAAAGUAGUGCACUAUGAAGGAAAUAGGGUGCCAUUUGGGAUUCAGGCUGUAUUGUUAACGACCCAUAGGGUUCUGAUCAAAAGUAGUGCACUAUGAAGGAAAUAGGGUGCCAUUUGGGAUUCAGGCUGUAUUGUUAACGACCCAUAGGGUUCUGGUCAAAAGUAGUGCACUAUGAAGGAAAUAGGGUGCCAUUUGGGAUUCAGGCUGUAUUGUUAACGACCCAUAGGGUUCUGGUCAAAAGUAGUGCACUAUGAAGGAAAUAGGGUGCCAUUUGGGACACACAACAGUAAUAGAGUGCUAAAACACUUGUGUUUACAGUAUGAUGGCUACACGUCCUGCCCUUUGGUGACGAGCUACAACACUGUCAUUCUGGCUGAGUUUGACUAUAAUGGGCAACCAUUGGAGACAUUCCCUAUUGACCAAAGCAAGGAGAGAUGGACCAUGUACCACAUGAAAGCCGACGUGAUGCCUCAUCUGUACUGGCAUGGACUUCUCAAGUAAGUAGCUGUCAAAGACAAUUACUAGCACCAAAAGCGGGGGGAAAAAAACACAAAACGGGAUGGAUUUACUUGAUUUGACCAAUAAGAAACACUCAUUUUCAUUUUCCGUCACAAUGUUUAAAUAUUUUCCGGUGUGCCCUAAUGAACACAACCCUUCAUGUAGACUAAACAGGGAACACAUGUUUUAUGGAGCUCUUUGUUGCUAAUAUUACAUUUAAAUUUUUUUUUUUUUACAUUUUAGUCAUUUAGCAGACGCUCUUAUCCAGAGCGACUUACAGGAGCAAUUAGGGUUAAGUGCCUUGCUCAAGGGCACAUCGACAGAUUUUUCACCUAGUCGGCUCGGGGAUUAGAACCAGCGACCUUUCGGUUACUGGCACAACGCUCUUACCCACUAAGCUACCUGCCGCCCCGAACAUACAUCUGAUCUUUUUCCCGUAGGGGGUUCUGGGGUGGACCAGGACCAUACAGGAAAAUCAUGCACCUUGGGAUGAAAUAGACGCUUACAACCAAUUCCGCUGUUCCAGACUGCUACAAUGUAAUCAACUUUUUCACUGAUCUUUGAUUCCCAGAUAGGGUUGCAAAAUUCCUAUAACUUUCCCAAAAUUCCAAAGAUUUCUCGAAAAACCUGGCAAUUUUGGGAAAGUUACUUGAAAUGUGCAACCCCAUUCCCAGACCACCAUUACAAUAACCAUCAUUUCAUGGAUAAGAGCGUCUGCUAAAUG